AUGCUUCAAAUGCUCAAGCUGGCCCCCCAUGAACAACAAGGGUUUCAGUGGCAAAGUUGGCACGUCACUAACAUUCGGCCAUGCUGCUUGGCGCAGACCGCAGCGGAGAGCUUUGAUUUACGCACCUUUGAGGACACUUCAACCAUGUCGCUCUUUGCCAACAGCACGCCCGGUGGCCGGGGCAUGGCUCGUCCUGCCAACGCCAACUUGUUUGAGUUCAAGGCCGGUCGCAUGACCCAGGAAGGCAACACGGUGACGGCGGUCCCCGGAAAGGGACUGGUCUUCUUGAAGCGCGACGGCGACCUGCUCAUGUGGCACUACAAGUCGCGUGAUUCGGGCCGGGAAGAAGAAGAGCCCAUUGUCCUCUUCCCAGGCGAGCAAACGUUUCAGCUUUGCAAGUCUGCCCCCGCCUCGUCCCGUGUUUACUACCUCAAGUUUUCUGGAGGUCGUCGCGACUUUUUCUGGAUGCAAAGCCCAGAUGCGGCCGGGGAUGCUCUGAUUUGCCAGCGCGUCAACCGCCUCAUUGAUGGUGGUUCCAUCGAUGAGGAAGGUGUCAAUGACCACCCCAUGGGCGUUGAUGCAAGCGAGGAGCAGCAGGCAAUCAUGCAGAUGUUGCGCGACGAUGUCUCAACCCCCGGGCAUGCAAGCGGAGCAGCCCAGCGCCCACCCGCAGCACCCACACGCCAACGUGCCCAGCAGAGGAGCGGGAACGCUGAAGCUGGUGGAGAGGACCAGCCGCUGUCCCAGGACAACAUGCAGGGCUUGGUGCAAAACUUUGCGCGUGAAAUGAUGGUCUCGCAGGCCACCUCGCUGACAGAUGUGCUCUCGGCCAGCAACGUCGAGCCAUUGCUUGACAACCCCGAGACGGUCCAGCGCCUGCUGGCCCAUCUGCCUGACGGCGAUAACGCAUCGGUCGGAAACAUCCGCAGCACUUUGCGGUCCCCGCAAUACGCCCAGCAUGAAGCACCCCUACAACAUGGGAAAAAGCAGUCAUACGCAAGGCUACACAAGGAAAACAACAACAACAAAGUUUGCAACGCUCUGAUGCACGGGCCGCUCCGUCGCCCAACAAGUGAAGAUUUGGUCACACACUCCGACUCCAACAUCCUGUCUCUUUUUCCACACGUGACGCGCGAGCUUCCUGAUCUUCAUUACGACGUUGUGCUUCAUCUCUCUCUCUCUCUCUCGUUUGUCUUUCGCCUCUUUCUCUCUCUCUUUGUGCUCUUUCGCCUCUCUCUCUCUCUCUCUGUGCUCUCUCUCUCAUAUCUGCAUCCCUUGUUGCUCGAAUCUGUUUUUCUCUGCGAGCUCUUCGAGGUGUCGGCGUUUUUCCCGGUUUCAAGGCGUCGCACGACAGGCAUAAUACUCCGAGGAAGCAGGCGGACCAUUCGCUGGCAUUCUGCUAAUCGAUUCCGUUUCAGCUACCACUGUCAAAAGCUCCACUGA